ACGUCAGACCCUUCACACGAUCACCACGAAGCUAUUCAAAACUAUUAAAACUGUUAAAAAUCAACAAAAGAAAAGUUAACAUUUUACCACCUCAAAUUAGACUCUUUUCAAGAAACAUACGACUCAAAAAUGGUCGUUUGAAAAAAAAAUCUAACCAAAAGUUUUUGAUGAGAACAAAUAUGUAACGUAGGAACUGGUUAUUAUUAUUUCUUGCCCACAAAAACAUUGAGAUGAAAUUUGGGUAAUAUUAUAAAGCCACAUUUCCAGGAGUUUAACUAAAGUCAAAGACGACAGGGGGAUUUCACUGUAAUGCUGUAGUGUUCUGGCUUUGCAUGGACCAUGGAGAUCAGUUUGGACAAGAAGUUUAAAAUGAUGGCGUCGCCCCUCAGUCCUCAUGAUGUGACCGGGCAGCUGACCACAUUCAGGUCCUACGUGGCCCUCAUUGCCGACCCCACCCCUGGGAUUGUUGAAAAGAAACUGAAGGCUGCCCAGGAGCUUAGUGAAAACUUUGAAAAUGUCGUUAUAUCCCCCCAGUACUCCCAGUUCCUGGGGGAGGCCUUGAAGGUUUUCCUCAAAAUCCUGGAUGAUGGAGAACCUCAGUUCAUUGCUGAACAAAACAUGCAGCAACUGCGAAAGUUGUUACUGGAGAUCAUUCAUCGGAUUCCAAGCAAUGAACACCUGAAGAAAUAUGUUCAGCAGAUUCUGUCUCUCAUGUUCAAACUUUUAAAGAUUGAAAAUGAGGAAAAUGUGUUGGUGUGUUUACGGAUCAUUAUUGAACUUCACAAGCAGUACAGACCCCAGAUGAAUGAAGAGAUUAAGGACUUUCUCCAAUUCGUCAAGACAAUCUACAACACCAUCCCCAGCCACCUGUCCAAGAUCUUCGAGCCGCGCAGUCAGAUCAAGGUCAAGGACGUCACAGAGGUCAACGUGGACACCAUACUGGCGGAGACCUUCACCACCACCACCAUACUGACCGACAAAAAGAACGCCGACAAUCAGAACAUUUCCUACAACAUCAUCCCACGGGGCGUCCUGUCCCUCAAGGUUCUGGCGGAGCUGCCCAUCAUCGUAGUACUCAUGUACCAGCUGUAUAAACCCAACGUCCACCAGGAGGUGGCUGAGUUCAUUCCCCUGAUCAUGAACACUAUCACACUGCAGCCAUCACCCGUUCACAAGACCAGCCCUUCAUUCAACAAAGAAGUGUUUGUGGACUUCAUUGCAGCUCAGAUCAAAACCCUCUCGUUCCUUGCCUACAUCAUCAGGAUAUAUCAGGAGCAAGUCCAGCAGCACGCCAACCACAUGGUGAGUGGACUUCUGGGAUUGCUGGAGUUCUGUCCACAGGAAGUGGCUCACCUCCGCAAGGAACUGUUGAUCGCCGCCCGCCACAUCUUGGCUACUGACCUCAGAAACAAGUUUGUCCAGUGUAUUGACAAGUUGUUCGAUGAGAAGAUUCUGAUUGGAUCAGGAUGGACAACUCAUGAAUCUUUACGCCCCCUGGCGUACAGCACCCUAGCGGACCUGGUCCACCAUGUGAGGCAGGCCCUGCCCCUUAAGGAACUGUCGAUGGCGGUCAGUCUGUUCUCCAAGAACGUCCACGAUGAAUCCCUCCCUAGUAGCAUCCAAACCAUGUCCUGUAAACUUCUCCUCAACCUGGUGGAGUGUAUCCGCGCCAAGAGCGAGCUGGAAAACGGAAAUGGGAGAGAACUGCUAAUGAGGAUGCUUGAAGUUUUUGUCUUGAAGUUUAAAACCAUCGCCAAGAUACAGCUGCCACAGAUCCUCCAGAAAUGCAAGCAGACCCCACAGAGCCCAACUCAGCAACCAGCGGCCUUGACCGACGCAAAACAAAAUGUGGAGGUCAAGGUCGAGGCGCCCAAGACCCCGACGGUGGAGGAGAGUAAGCCCCCCAUGACCUCCUCCUCCUCCCUGCUGGGUGACACAGCUACCAAGGACACGGAGAAAGCCUGGACAGAAAAGUCAUUACAGAAUAGAUUCGGAGUGACUCCGAGUCAGUACACCGUUUACUCGGUCAGUGACUGUAGAAGCUUGGUCAAGACCCUGGUCUGUGGAGUCAAGACCAUCACCUGGGGCAUCGUCUCAUGCAAAGCUGUGGGGACAGAAGCUGCAACUGUUCAGAACAAGCAGUUCCUGCCGAAGGAGGCCCUGGUCUACAUCCGCCUGGUCAAGUUUGCUCUGCAGGCCCUGGACAUUUACACCAUCAACAUCGGCGCCAAUGGCCAAGCGGUGAUUCGUCCAGCUGUAGUUCAGACGGUCAGGACAAAAGAAGAGAAAGAAGUUCUGGAACAUUUUGCUGGAGUAUUCACCAUGAUGCAUCCUUUGACCUUCAAGGAGAUUUUCUCCUCAACUGUGGAGUACAUGGUGAAUCGAAUCCACAACAACUAUGCACUACAGAUCGUAGCCAACUCUUUCCUGGCCAAUCCUACGACAUCUGCUACUUUUGCCACCAUCUUAGUGGACUACUUACUGGCUAGACUGGAAGAGAUGGGUUCCAACCUGGAGCGGUCUAACCUAUACCUGAAGCUGUUUAAGCUGGUUUUUGGCUCGGUGUCUUUGUUUGCCAAUGAGAAUGAACAGAUGUUGAAGCCACACCUACACACCAUAGUUAACCGCUCCAUGGAGCUAGCGAUGAGCGCCAAGGAGCCGUACAACUACUUCCUGUUGCUGAGGGCGCUGUUCCGCUCCAUCGGAGGAGGAAGUCAUGAUCUGUUGUAUCAGGAGUUCCUUCCCUUGCUUCCGAACUUACUUCAAGGAUUGAACAGCCUACAGAGUGGCCUCCAUCGCCAGCACAUGAAGGACCUGUUCGUUGAGCUGUGUCUGACUGUUCCGGUCCGCCUGAGCUCCCUCCUACCCUACCUGCCCAUGUUGAUGGACCCCCUGGUGUCCGCCCUCAAUGGCUCCCAGACACUGGUCAGUCAGGGGCUCCGUACCCUGGAGCUGUGCGUGGACAACCUCCAGCCAGACUUCCUGUACGACCACAUACAGCCGGUCAGGGCCGAGCUCAUGCAGGCACUAUGGAAGACUCUAAGAAGCCCUGUUGAUAACAUUGCUCAUGUAGCAUUCAGGGUCCUGGGGAAGUUUGGAGGUGGGAAUAGAAAGAUGUUGCGAGAACCACAGAAGCUGAACUACAAUGAUAGGGAGACAGUGGGGCCUUGUAUCACCAUAUAUUUCCAGGACUGUAAAACACCAAUCACCAAACCUGUUGAAAAGGCGGUGGACUUUGCCUUGACCACCCUGAAGUGCAGCACCACCGACAACUUUGCGCGGCGCCAGGCGUGGGAACUGAUCAAGUGUUUCCUGGUGUCUGUGAUGAACCUAGAGGACGAAAAGCUGACCCUCACCAACCUGUUCACCCACACCAGCUUCACAGAGAAAGAGAUUCCCCUGCAGACCAGUCAGCUGUACAAGAAUCCUGAUUCACACUCCAGGAAAGUCCAUGAACAGGCGCUCACCGGAAUGUUUGUGGCGGCAGCCAUCAAGGAGUUGAGACAGACGGCUCUGCCGUUCAUGGCCUGUAUGGUCAGGCAUUACAUCAUGAUAGCCAUCUCCCAGCAGUGUGGCCCGUUCCCUGUGGGUGACAAGCAGAACAAACUCCAGGGGAUGGAUACACAGAUCCUGAUCGACGCCCUGGCGGUCAUCAUGGGCCACGAGGAGAAGGAGCUGUGUAAACCAGGAAACCUGGCCCUGGUCCUCAUCCUGGAGACAGCCACCACCAUACUGGGCAGCAAGGAGAGGGCCUGCCAGCUGCCUCUGUUUGAGUACCUGGUAGAGAGGAUGUGUUCCCUGUGUUAUGACCGGGCCUGGUACGCCAAGUUUGGAGGAUGCCUGGCCAUAAGAUUUAUGUAUGAGAGGAUGGCUCUGAAAUGGGUCCUGGAGCACCAGUUUAUUUUCCUGAAGGCUCUUCUCUUUGUGAUGAUGGACCUGACAAAAGAGGUGUCCAGUGGAGCAGUUGACUUAGCUAAGUAUAAUCUGGAGAACAUGCUGAUUAAGUGUGCUACCGAAAUUGAGGGUGACAAAGCCUCGGAGGAAAUUCUCUCGGCCCAGAAGAAGUCCCUGCACGAGGUGGUUCAUGAACUGGUCAGACAGAUCACCUCCCCCAACACCAUUGUCAGGGAACAGGCUAUGAACUCCCUGGAGACCUUGGCCAAGACAACAGGGAAGUCGGUGACAGACAUCAUGGAGCCUCACAAGGAGGUCCUCCAGGACAUGAUACCUCCAAAGAAGCACCUGCUGAGGCACCAGCCCGCCAAUGCCCAAAUAGGACUGAUGGACGGCAACACAUUCUGCACCACCCUACAGCCGCGUCUGUUCACCAUAGACCUCAACGUGCUAGAACAUCAAGUCUUCUUUACAGAGCUGCUGAGCCUCUGUGAGGCAGAAGACGCAGUUUUGUUAAAGCUCCCAUGCUACAAGUCGGUCACUGACCUAGUUCCAUUAAGGAAGAGCGCAUUGAGAGCCCUAGCGGCCUGCCAUUACAUCUCCAACAAGCGGGAAAAGAUCUUCAACGUCCUGUACAAGGCGCUGAACAGCAACAGUACAGAGCUACAAGAGGUGGCUCAUGACUGCAUGAAGAAGUUUAUCUCGGGCUGUCAGAUUGACAUGGAGAGUGUCCACACGGCCAUCCGCCCCCUGCUGCUUACCCUGGGGGACCACCGCAGCCUGAACGCCAGCGUCAUACAGAGGCUGUCCUACAUCACCCAGCUGUUCCCCAACACGUUCAAUGAGAAGCUUUGUGAACAGCUACUGACUCAUCUUAAGAAAUGGUUAGAGGUGGCAGCCAUUAGUCAGAAAUCGGGACAGAACAAAUCCAACGGACAGGUCAUAGGUCAGGAAUUGAAGACCUGUGCUGCCAUUAUUAACAUCUUCCACAUGAUUCCAGCGGCCAGCAGUAAACUGAUAGAGCCCCUCAUACUGGUCACGCUCAGCGGGGAAAAGUCACUGUUUCUGGAGGCUGGUAGCCCCUUUAGGGACCCCCUUGUCAAGUUCCUCUCAAGAUAUCCAGAUGUCACGGUUGAUAUGUUUCUGAGUGAGGCCAAGUUAAAGGAUCACCAAUGGAACCGGCUGUUUGAGUUUAUUCUGACCCACAGUGAUGGUAAAAAGUUCAGAGAAGUUCUAGAGAGUAACCCCACAAAACUACUAAACAUUGCCCAGCAACAGGGGGCUGAGGGUGUCCCUGUGACGUCAGGCACCAACGACCUACAGUUCCAGAUGAUUAAACUCAUCAGCGUGCUGACCCGGUUCGAGGAGGCGUGGCUGUCACAGCACGCUGUGAUAAUCACCAACUUGUUGACCAUUUGGAAAAGUGAAGGAUUCAUCGAAAGACACAAAAAAGUGGACUCUGUGGACUUUGUCAUUUGGAAGGAGCCUGCUUUACUCGUGAAAUGUCUGCUGAACUACUUCAAGUACCACACCAAUGACAUUGAGCUCCUGUUCCACAUCCUGCGGUGUUUCACCUCGCGGUUCAUCGUACAGUUCCAGUUUGUCAAGGAUUUUCUGGACAAUGUGGUGGCAGGGACCUACACUAUAGAGUGGAAAAGAACAGCUUUCUUCAAAUUUGUGGACAUCUUCCACGACCAAACAUGGACCCAGGAUUUGAAAGCCAAAAUUCUUCAGCACGUGUUGAUCCCUUGCUUCCAACAUGCCUUUGAGAAGAACGAGGGAGAGAAGCUGAUUGGUGGACCUCCCACUCCAGACCAGGACAACCCCGAAAACAUCAUUAGCGCCUUCAUCACCAAGAUCAUUGACCCCGAGAAUCCUUUCGGGACCUCGGACUCUGUGCGUAUCCUCCUGCUGCAGUUGUCUUCCCUGUUGGUGGAGCAGGCCUCCUCGCACAUCCACGACGCCAAUAACAAAAAACAAGGUAACAAGCUGCGGCGCCUGAUGACGUUCGCGUGGCCCUGCCUGCUCAGUAAGAACUGCGUGGACCCCGCCACCAAGUACCACGGCCACCUGCUGCUCUCCCACAUCAUCGCAAAGUUCGCCAUCCACAAACGCAUCGUGCUGCAGGUCUUUCACAGCCUGUUGAAGGCCCACGCGGUGGAGGCCCGGGCCGUGGUGAAGCAGGCCCUGGAGAUCCUGACCCCCGCCAUGCCCGGGAGAAUGGAGGAUGGCAAUGGCAUGUUGACUCACUGGACUAAGAAGAUCAUCGUAGAGGAAGGACACACUGUGGCUCAGCUGGUCCACAUUCUACAACUGGUGGUGCGGCACUACAAGGUGUACUACCCGGUCAGGCACCACCUGAUCCCACACAUGGUCAACUCCCUUCAGCGGCUCGGAUUCACCUCCAGUGCCACCAUUGAACACAGGAAGCUGGCCGUGGACCUGGCGGAGGUGGUGAUUAAGUGGGAGGUUCAGCGGGUCAAGGAGGAGCAAGAGGUCACAGAGCCUCCCCCUGACCUGACCCAGACAUUGCCCCAGAAUGUACCAACCAAACGCCCCGCCCCAGGAACCCCCCUCUCUGUGGACUCGCCCCAGGAACCAAAGCGAUCGCGCCACUCCUCAGGGGCUCCUAGUGAGAGCAACAAGAGUGUGACAGAAAAUAAGCCCAUAGAGAAGAAUUACUGUGAUGCAGUGGUCAACUUCCUGUUACGAAUUGCCUGUCAGGUGAACGAGAGCCCUGGCUCCCCUGGAGAGAUGUUGUCAAAGAAAUGUGUGGUGCUCCUGAAGAUGGCGCUGCGCCCGGACUUCUGGGCGAACACGGAGCUGAAGCUGGCCUGGUUCGACAAACUCCUGACCACAGUGGAGAACCACCAGCCUAAUUUCAACAACAUAUGCACUGCCCUGGAACUGCUCAGUUUCCUGCUUACCAUACUGAAGAAAGACACAAUCCUAUCCAGUUUCAAGCCCCUCCAGCGUGGAAUUGCGGCAUGCAUGACCUGCCCAAACACGAAGGUCAUUCGUGGCGUCCACGGUUUGCUGUCCCGCCUGAUGAGUUUCUUCCCCACUGAGCCGGUGACUUCGAAUGUGGCUUCAAAAUACGAGGAGCUGGAGUGUCUGUACGCCUGUGUCAGCAAAGUAGUGUACGAGGGGCUCACCAACUAUGAAAAGUCAACCAAUGGAUCCCCCACCCAGCUGUUCAGCACCCUGAUGAUCCUGAAGGCGGCCUGCAUGCACAACCAGUGUUACAUAGACCGCCUCAUCACAACCUUCAUGAAGGUCCUCCACAAGAUGGCCCGCGAGCACCUGCAACCCACCUCCACUGAGACAAGUCCUAUGGCUAGUGAGUUGCUGAUUCUGAGCCUGGACCUGGUAAAGAACAGGGUAGGAGUGAUGUCCCUUGAGAUGAGGAAGAGUUUCAUUGGUCAGAUCCUGGUCGGCCUGAUCGAGAAGACGUCCGACCCCAAGGUCAUGAAGGCCAUCACCAAAAUGGUGGAGGACUGGGUCAAAACCAAGACUCCCAUCGCCAUUAACCAGUCGCCCGUGAUUCGGGAGAAGGCCAUACUGUUGGUGAAACUGAUGCAGCAUGUGGAGAAGAGGUUCCCCGAGGAGCAGGAACUCAACGCCCAGUUCCUGGAACUCGUCAAUUACAUCUACAGAGAUGAUAGUUUGAGUGGAACAGAGCUGACCUCUAAGCUGGAGCCGGCGUUUCUAGCGGGGCUCAGGUGUAACCAGCCACCCAUCAGACAGAAGUUUGUUGAGGUGUUUGACAACAGUAUUCCCAAGAGGAUCUUUGACCGCCUCCUGUACAUCACCUGCUCGCAGAACUGGGAGUCCAUGGGCGGCCACUUCUGGAUCAAACAGUGCCUGGAGUUGGUGCUAGCUGUAGCAAUGAGCGGACACACGAUACAGAGCUCAUCUCCCAUGAGUCUCCUGCCCUCUGCCAGCAGCAUUGUAAAUCUAGCAGACAGCCACGAACGUGCCGCCUUCGCCAACAUCAUGAAGAUGAAGGAGGAGCCGAUGGACGUCGAGUCCGUGGACUCCAACAAAGAAGAGGAGGAGAUUGAUAUGGAGCUAGGGGGCGUGUCCUCUGAUGACAACACUUCCUCUAAAGAGCCCCCUAAAAAGGAACUCCAAGAACCAAAACAGAGCAUUAACACACUGCUACAGAGACAGGCCAAGUUCCUGGAGGGGUGUCGCGAGGUCAAGACUGUAUCGUACCUGGCCGCCCUCUCACAGCUGUGUCACUGCACCACCGACCUGACCCACAGUAUCUGGGUCGACAUCUUCCCCAGGAUCUGGAAAAUCCUCUCCGAGAAACAGCAAGGGAUGAUAUCGGGCGAGCUGAUCCCCUUCAUGUGCAGUGGUAGCCAUGUCAUCCAGAAGGACUGCCACCCCAGCUCCAUCCACACGUUCCUGGAGGGGCUCUCUAAUGUGGUGCCCCCCGUACAGAUUAGGCCUGCGGUGCUCAAGUACCUGGGUAAGACUCACAACCUGUGGCAUCGAGCUUGUCUGCUGCUGGAGCAGCUGGCCUUUGACACCAACGCUCAGCAGGCCUUGAAGAAUCGCCCUGGCAGCGAGUACGAGUUUGAGCCAACUCAGUCUUCACAGCAGGAGACACUGGACUGCCUGUGUGAACUCUACUCACUUCUUAAGGAGUCAGACAUGUGGACCGGACUCUGGCAAAAAAGGUCAAAGUUUACUGAGACCAACACCGCCAUAGCCUACGAACAGCAUGGCUUCUUUGAACAGGCCCAGACGGCUUAUGAACAGUGUAUGACCAAGGCCAGACAGGACCACAACGCGACCUCGGCCCAGCCGACUGUUCUACCGGAGUACCGACUGUGGGAGGACCAUUGGAUCAGAUGUUGUAAGGAGCUGAACCAGUGGGACCUGCUGCUGGAGUACGCCACCUCUAAGGGGAACACCAACCCCCACCUGGUGCUGGAGAGUGCCUGGAGGGUGCCCAACUGGUCCGUCAUGAAGGACGCCCUCGCCCAGGUGGAACUGAGUUGUCCCAAGGAAAUGGCCUGGAAGGUCAACUUGUACCGAGGCUACAUCGCAAUCUGUCACCCUGACGACCAUCAUCUCAACAUGGUUACCAUGAUUGAGCGUCUGGUGGAGGUCUCCAGUAACCUGGCCAUCAAGGAAUGGCGCCGCCUGCCAUCGGUGGUGUCCCACAUCCAUGUCCCGCUACUACAGGCGGCGCAACAGAUCAUGGAGCUUCAGGAGGCUGCCCAGAUAAACCAAGGCCUGCAGCCCGCCAACAUCAACCGCAGCUCCAGUCUCCACGAUAUGAAGGCCAUCGUCAAGACUUGGAGGAACCGUCUGCCAAUGGUGUCCGACGACUUGUCGCACUGGAGCGACAUUUUCACAUGGAGACAGCACCAUUAUCAGUUCAUCGUCAACCACUACGAUUCUCAUGCCCAGCAGGACCCGGCCAACAGUAACCAUUCCAUGCUGGGGGUCCAUGCCUCUGCCCAAGCUAUCAUCCACUUUGGUAAAAUUGCCCGCAAGCACGGACUGACAGGGGUGUGCCUGGACUCGCUAAGCAGGAUUCACACCAUACCCAGUGUGCCCAUUGUGGACUGCUUCCAAAAAAUACGGCAGCAGGUCAAGUGUUAUCUCCAGAUGGCGGGCACUAUGGGCAAGAACGAGCUCCAAGAGGGCCUAGAGGUGAUCGAGUCAACCAAUCUCAAGUACUUUACCAAGGAGUUUACAGCUGAGUUUUACGCGCUGAAGGGGGUGUUCCUCGCCCAGAUCGGCCGAUCAGAUGAUGCCAACAAGGCAUUUAGCGCAGCUGUACAGAUGCAUGACACGCUGGUCAAAGCCUGGGCACUCUGGGGUGACUACUUAGAGAGUGUGUUCACCAAAGAAAAGAAGACAGAGCUGGGAGUGUCGGCCAUUACUUGCUUCCUCCACGCAUGCCGCCACCAGAACGAGAGCAAGUCGCGCAAGUACCUGGCCAAGGUUCUGUGGCUCCUGACGUAUGAUGACGAGAAGUCGUCGCUGGCAGAGGCGGUGGACAAGUACUGCGUUGGGGUGCCACCUAUACAGUGGCUACCAUGGAUCCCCCAGUUGUUGACCUGUCUGGUCAGGAGUGAGGGGCGCCUCAUCAUGAACCUGCUGAGUCAGGUCGGCCGGAUGUACCCCCAGGCUGUCUACUUCCCCAUCAGGACCCUGUACCUCACCCUCAAGAUCGAGCAGAGGGAGAGAUACAAGAGCGGUGAUCCAAGUGCAGCACCAGUCAGCCGGACCCCCUCCACGACCCAACAGUCCUCAGCGGUCACCACGACAACUGCAACAACGGUGACCACCACCUCCUCUGGUCCCCCGGGGUCGUCUGUACCCUCCACCCCCACCACUCCAGGGAUAUCCCUGACAGAGGAGCCCCUUCAGGCAGCCACCCCCGCCUCAGCAGGCACCACCCCCGGUGUUGCCGGUCCUGGGGGUCAGAAGAGCGGACAGCAGACAGAUGGUGGUCCCAUCAGGGCCCCCGCCCCCAUGUGGAGGUGCAGCAAAAUCAUGCAUCUGCAGAGAGAGCUCCAUCCAACGAUACUGAAUUCACUGGAGGGGAUUGUUGACCAGAUGGUGUGGUUCAGAGAGAACUGGUAUGAGGAGGUCCUGAGACAGCUGAAGCAGGGACUGGCCAAGUGUCACGCCGUGGCAUUCGAGAACCGCGGAGCAGUUGCUGAUGCCACCAUAACACCACACACCUUGAACUUUGUCAAGAAGCUGGUCAGCACGUUUGGUGUGGGGAUCGAGAAUGUCUCGAGCGUAAGCACCACGUUCUCAAGCGCAGCAAGUGAGUCCCUGGCCCGCCGAGCUCAGGCCACCGCACAGGAUCCGGUGUUCCAGAAAAUGAAGAGCCAGUUUACUACGGACUUUGACUUCAAUGUCCCUGGUUCCACGAAGCUUCACAACCUGAUCAACAAACUGAAGAAGUGGAUCAAGAUUCUGGAGGCCAAAACUAAACUUCUACCCAAGUCCUUCCUGAUCGAAGAGAAAUGCCGAUUCUUGAGUAACUUUUCACAACACACGGCGGAAGUGGAACUGCCGGGCGAAUUCCUGUUACCAAAGCACAGUCAUUACUACGUAAGGAUUGCCCGUUUCAUGCCGCGGGUGGAAAUUGUCCAGAAGCACAACACCGCCGCGCGGCGUCUGUACAUCCGCGGACACAAUGGCAAGGUGUACCCCUACCUGGUGGUCAACGACGCGUGUCUGACCGAGUCUCGCCGCGAGGAGCGGGUCCUCCAGCUGUUACGCAUGAUGAACCACUUCCUGACCAAGCAGAAGGAGACCCUGCGGCGACUUCUGUACUUCACAGUGCCACGCGUGGUAGCCAUAUCGCCACAGAUGAGGCUGGUGGAGGAUAAUCCCGCCUCUGUGUCACUGCUGGAUGUUUACAAACAGAGGUGUACCAAGCGGGGAAUCGAGCAUGACGCUCCGGUUGCUAGGUACUACGAGCGCCUGGCGACGGUCCAGGCCCGGGGGUCACAAGCAAGUCACCAGGUACUGAGGGACAUUCUGAAGGAUGUCCAGAGUAACAUGGUGCCCCGGGGUCUGCUGAAGGAGUGGGCGGUCCACACGUUCCAGACCGCCACCGACUACUGGACCUUCAGGAAAACGCUGACCAUACAGCUGGCCCUGAUGGGGUUCGCGGAGUUUGUGCUCCACUUGACGCGGAUGAACCCCGACAUGAUCUAUCUCCACCAGGACUGUGGAUAUAUCAACAUCUCCUACUUCAAAUUCGACAUAGACGACCAGUCAGGUGACCUGGACGCUAAUCGCCCUGUGCCCUUCCGCCUGACCCCCAACAUUGCCGAGUUCCUGACGAUGACCGGUGUAACCGGCCCCCUCACGGCCUCCAUGGUGGCAUCAGCGCGAUGUCUGGUCCAGCCCCAGUACAAACUACCCAGCUUCCUGAGGGCCAUCCUCAGGGACGAAUACAUCACCUGGCACAAAAAAAAACAGGAGGAGAUGAAGCCAGGUGUGGAGCCUACAGAUAUGGACAGUGAGCAGCUGAUCGCCAUGGUCAAUAAGGCAGUGUCCGCCAUCACUACUAGACUACACAAUCUGGCUACUUUUGACGGGGCAGAGAGCCGAGUUAGUACCCUUGUGGCUGCCGCCAACAGCCACGACAAUCUGUGUAGAAUGGACCCCGCCUGGCACCCCUGGCUAUAAGGAGAAACAACUUUGUCAAACACUGUUAAAUGGAGAUUAACAGGGGGUGGGGGGGGGGGGUAAAUUUCGUUGCAUGUAUGAUGACCGUUUGUAAAAGAGAAAUGACUCCCACAGACUUUGUACAAAGAGGAAUAAAAUAACAGUGGAGAAAACUAAUCAUUCAUGCAUGAGGACUGUUUAAUUUGUUAAAAGGAAAACUUUAAACAGAGGAAUAAUGAGAGAGAAAAAAAUCUCAGUCUGGUUUGACAAACUGGGAUAACAGUGAAAAAAAAUUCCCAGAACAUAUAUUGUGAACAGUUUAUAAAAGGGAAAUUACUCUCACAGAACACUGUACAAAGGGAAAUAACAGUGUAAAAAAUUCAUCAUAUAUUUACAUGUGCAAGGAUGUUUGUUUAAAGAAAGAUCAAUUAUGUUUUGUAAAUAAGACACACCGCUGAAAAACUCUGAAAAGAGUGGAUGGGGAAGGACCAAAAAAGAACCAAUUAUAUAUGGAUAUAUUGUAAAGUGAAAGAACUCUACUUAAAGGGAAUGACUCUUAGAUUUGAAGUCUGUGUUAACAGUUUGUAAAAGGGAAAUAACUCUUCAAAACAAAACUAUGGAGUGAGAGCAUGAAAUAUUAGAAGUUUGUAAAAGUAUACCACUCUUUUGAGAGUUUGUUGAACCAUAAAAAAAUCAUUUUAAUAAAUUGGAUUUCUUGUAGAAAUUUAAUUUUAUGAUUUAAAAAAUAUGAUGAUUGAGUUUGUUGUUUAUAUCCAAAGUAGCAAAGUAUACAUAGUGCAGCAUUUGACAAUUUGUUAGUGUUAAUAUAUUCUAACACGUUUACGUAUAUGAAAUGCAUCAGAAUUUCUUGUUCAAAAUGCAUUGUUAAGGUUAAAAUUCACCACAAUCAAGUUUGAAUGUGAAGUUGUAUGAGUUCUAUUUGUAAUAUUUGAUAGCAUAUGUCAUCCAUUUUCAAUUAUAUUUUGUGACAGUGCUUAUUGCAAAGUAGUAACUCAUCAGUAACUCAAAGGUUUACAUGUUGAAAUAGGAUAAUUCAUUCGUUUUUGUAUGUGAAUUUAUCAUUAUUGACUUGCGACUUGUAAUUUUGUGUAUUAAUCGCAUAUUUCAACUUCAUCAAUAAAAUUCUCCUCAGAUAGCAAA